AGAAUCCCUCUAGCCUGUAAGUUUGCUAGCUAUUAGCUGUUAGCUCCUUUUUAAUGCAACUGUCUGCAGUUAAAACAAAGUCGUCCCUUGUUGCUUCCUGUCUUAAUGAACGACUCGGAGCUGUGUUAAGGAGUCCGGUGUUUCUCUUGAGGUUCACUGGCUCCUCCUCUUUUCGUCACAAACAGCUGGGAGAACACUUUCAGUCCUAAGCAUGAUGAAUGCAUAGUGGUAUACAGUAAAACACAGAAGAGCCUCACAGUAGAGACUCUGACACCAGUGUUCGGUAUUAUUGACUUCUUAUUGAUCAGAUCAGAUAAUCCAUCGUUGAUCCCAGAGCAGGAAACUCACGUGUUACAGCAGCACAGGAAACGCCGCAAGCGUUUCUUCUCCCAUCAUGUCUCACAACUACCCAUACAGACGACCGCCACUCGACUCUGAUCUCAGACCUGGGCCCUACAGUUCGUCUGACCGCCGUCAUGCCCCGCCAGACCACGACUUUUACAGGCCACCUCAGGAGUCCUGCUCCUCGUCCUUCCCGUCCUCCUCCUCCUCAUCCUCCAGAGGAGUUCAGUGGUCACAGGACGGCGCCCUCAGCAUCCUGAGCAGCUGUGGUCUGGAGCCUGCUGACCUGGCUCUGCUCGCCAAGCUGCCCGAAGAUGUCCUCAACGUCGAGUCUCUUCCUCAUGUCCUCCAACAGAUCAAAGGGAAGAGGGGUCCAAUCGCACCUCUCGCUCCCAGUGUUCUUUCCUCCUCCUCCUCAUCUUGCUCCUCUUAUCCUCGCAGCUCUGCAGGUCUACCAGCCGUAAACUUAUCUGCCACUGACUGGGAUCAUCACCACAGCCCGCCGCUCCAGUGCCUGUUGGACCAGGUCACCAGUCCUCUUUCAUCUGACCUGGAUCGCUGGGGCAACCCCAGGACCACUGGCUCUGUCAGGCUCCAUCCACCAUCAUCCUCCUCCUCUGGCUCCGUGGUGGACUACCACCACAGACUGGGACCCUCUGAGUAUGGUAAGGUGGGCAGAGGUGCCAGUCCGGGUCCCUCUCAGGACCUAAACGCUUUCAGCUCGGCAGGAGCCAAAAGAACUCAAGCUUCCCGUUUCUCUGGGUCAGGAUCAGCUGAUCACAGGUCAGCUCCUCCGCUUGAGCAGCUCCAUCAGAAACCCCGUGGGGGACGCCACCAGUCUGAGACCUCUUCCAUGAGAAGUAGCAGUCGACCAGCUGCCAACAUGCCCUCAGAACUGGAAGCUCUAGACUUCCAGGGGACGACUCCUCCGUGGUACCCGUACUCGUGCUCUCUGUGUGACAUCACUGUGAUGUCAGAGAGGGUGUGGAUCAAACACAUAAACGGCGCUCAGCAUGCAGACGGACAGCUCGGUCUGCUGCAGCGUUUUCCUAACUGGGACUGUCGCAUGGAGACAGUCGGCAGGACCGACAACCAAUCAGAGAAGAGGAAGGAUGAAGACAAACCAGGCCAGCAGCCUCAGACAGCCAAUCAGGACUCCAAGCUGCCGGCCGAUAAGAAGUCUCAGAAAAAGACUUCUGACAAAGGUAAAGUGGUGUGUGUGAAGUUUCCAGCCAACUCCGUGGACGAGGCGUACCUGAGGAAACUGACCGAGCCGUUCGGGAAGAUCAUCAAGAUCAUCAUGUUUCCAUCUUUAGCGUUCGUGGAGCUUGGCUCCAUCGAUCAGGCUAAAGACUUGGUGAAGUUCCACGUCAGCUAUCCUCCAACUGUGAACGGACAGCAGAUGGAGUUCAGGAUCAGCAACACCUUCACCUUCCUCCAGAGCUCUCGAGUGGUGAGUUUUGCUCCGGCUCCGACAGAAGAGAAUGGCCAAUCAGAUCUGAUGAGUGUGGUCAAACGCUUCGGCCCACCGCUAUACACUCUGUUCCUGCCGUCCAUGGCAUUUGUGGAGAUGAAAAACACCCCUGACGCUCAGAAACUAGUGGAUUAUUAUUCCUCCAACACUCUGAGGAUCAACAACGACAGCAUCAAAGUCUCCUUCUCUGGAGAAUACAAGAGCCUCAUGCGGGUGGCAUCGGCUAAAAGGUACGAAGAGGAAACGACAAAGAGGACGAGGAGCUCGAGCCGAGAGAAAGAGGACAAGAUUACAGAGAGAAAGAAGAGGAGGACUACAGACCAGGAGGAGUCCAGCACCAGAUCCAGAGAAAGGUCCACAAAAGAGAAAAGGUCCAGAUCCAGAGAAAGGUCCACAAAAGAGAAAAGGUCCAGAUCCAGAGAAAGGUCCACAAAAGAGAAAAGGUCCAGAUCCAGAGAAAGGUCCACUAGAGAAGAAAAUUCCAGAUCCAGAAAGAGGAAAACCAGAACCAGGUCCCCAGAAAAGUCUACUGAAGAGAAAAGGUCCAGAUCCAGAGAAAGGCCCACUAAAAAGGAAACAGAAAGUUCCAGGUCCACAGAUAAAUCCAGCAGAGACGAGAGGACCAGAACAAGGUCUAAGUCCAGAGAAAAGUCCAGUAGCGAGAAGAGGUCCGGGUCGUCUGUGGUCACGGUGAAGACUGAGCUAACUGUCACUGAGUCCAGGACCGACCCAGAUCCGGACCUUCAUCCUGUCAGAGAGUCCAAACCUGAGGCUGAGGAGAAGCAGCAGACUGAGGAGGAGGCGGAGUCUUCUGCAGAGGAGAGCGACCUCGAGGGGAUGGAGGUGAUCGGAGAGGACGAUGUGGAAACUCUGGAUGAUGCUGAAUUAGAGGAUGAAGAUGAUGAAGCUGCAGAGAAAAACUCACCUGACGAAGAUGAAGAGGAGAAGGUGAAGGAUGAGGAGGAGAAAGAGGGUGAUGAGGAGAUGGUAGAGAAACAGGAAGCCAUCAGUGAAAGGGGCCGAGAGGAGGAGCAGACAUCAGAGACUGCAGAGACUCAGCUAGAGGACGAUGAGGAGGAACCAGACCUCCCAGUGAACCUAAAGAACUGCAUCACUCUGGAUGAAGUGGGACAAGAGCAGACUGAAAACCGAGAUGAAGACGACCCAGAUGAACCCAAGUCUCUGUCCAACCGAGUGAUCUACUUCAGAAACCUCCCGCAGCAUCCCUACACUGACCAGGAGUUCCUGAACCUGGUCAAAGAUUUUGGGACACCGGUGCGGUACUUCCACAGGACCCAAUGUGACGGUUUCAUCGAGAUGUUGACGUCUACAGAGGCUCAAAGAGCCGUCAAGGAGCUGGGCAUCAAACAUGUGACAUUAAAGGGCUCCAAACUCGUCGUCCAGAUGUCCACCAAAUACAAAAGACUCAGCUACGAAUUUUCUGACGCUCUGGUGGUCGAGGAGAAGGGCGAGCGCAGGAGUUGGAGCAGUGGGAGGAGCGAGAGACUAAACAAGGACGAGUCCAACAGGAAGUCUGAGGGGAGGGAGGAGUGCUCAAAGAAAGAGUCAACACCCGAGAAGACUCCAGAGAAAGAGUCAAAAUCUAAAAAGAAUCAAAAGAAGAAGUCCAAAACGGCAAGUAAGAAUUCUUCAGAGUCCAGAAGAUCUCCAGAAAAGGAAUCAAUUUGCAAAUACACAUCCGAAGAGACCUCUAGAGCUCCAGAAAACAAGUCGGCCAAUAAAGAGACUUCAGAGGAAGAGUCAGUAUUCAGAAAAAGUCCAGAGGAGGAGUCACAUGACUCAUCAGAAAAAUCCUGCAGAACAAAGACAGAAGAGAAGGACUUGACAGCUGAAAAGACUCCAGAAACUGAGUCAUUCGCUGAAACAAGUGAAGAAAACAAGAUGUCAGAGAGAAAGACUGAUGAGAACAACUCUGUGCCUGGGGACAAUGAGGAGAGUCACAAGACAGAAGAUAAGAUGGAGAUUGAGGAGGAGGAGACACCAGGACCACAAACUGACCAGGAACCUGCUGCAGAUCGGCCACAACAACAGUCUGAAUCUGCAGGGGGUGCUGCGGAGCUGCAGGAACUAACCAAACCUGUUGGAACCGAGUUUGUUCGACCGGUCGUCGGUUACUUCUGUAACUUGUGUCAGGUGAUCUAUGCUGACGAGGAGGAAGCCAAACAGCAGCACUGCAGCAGCCUGACGCACUACAGGAAGUACCAGGAGAAGACGGGUAAAGACCCAUGGACGAGCUGAACCCAACGAGAACCACCUUGUUCUUGGAUUUUUAUUUUACUCACAUCUAGAGGAGGAAUAGUAGAAGGAUCAAAACUUGAAACAAGCUUCUGUUGGUUUCAUUUUAUUUCUAUGGUUCAAAACCUGAUGUUGUUGAGUGACUGUCGACUGUAAAAUGAGCUGGAACUGAAAAGUUGUAAAUUCUACAAUAAAACUGUGACUUUGUACUUAA